AUCACGCAAUGACAUCACAACGUCAUUUAGUUGUCAACACUGCAAACAACCAUCCAGGAUGUCUUCCUCCAUGGGCAGCGGGAUGUUCCCCGGCCAGCAGUCCGCUGGUCCUCACCCUGUCGGCGGCCCGGGUCAGCCGGGACUACUGUCUGGAGCUCCGGGGAACAGGGUCCAGGGCCCCAACACUCUGGUAGACGACCUAGAGGCUUCUUUCGAGGCUUGCUUUGCGUCCCUAGUGAGUCAAGACUACGUGAACGGAACCGACCAGGAGGAAAUUCGGACAGGUGUGGAUCAGUGUAUUCAGAAGUUUCUGGAUGUCGCCAGACAGACAGAAUGUUUCUUCCUGCAGAAGCGUCUUCAGUUAUCAGUUCAGAAACCCGACCAGGUGGUCAAAGAGGAUGUGUCUGAGCUGCGGAAUGAACUCCAGAGGAAAGAGCUGCUUGUUCAGAAACACCUGUCUAAGCUGCACCACUGGCAGCAGGUUCUAGAGGAUGUCAGUGUCCAGCAUCGUAAACCGUCAGAUCUCCCUCCACCUGGACCCCUGGCCUUCCUGGAACAGGCCUCAGCUAGUCUACCUGCUGCACCACUCAAACAGACCUAACACACACACACCGGUCUCUCUCUUCUGGAAAGUACAUCAUCUUUGUUUUCUUUUUGACUUUUGUAAAUAUUUCUGAGUCUGUUUUUUGUGCUGACAGAUAAUGAGUUUGUAUCAGAACACCACCUGUUUUGUCCUGACAGAAUGAAUGAGUUUGGAUCAGAACACCACCUGUUUUGUCCUGACAGAAUGAAUGAGUUUGGAUCAGAACACCACCUGUUUUGUCCUGACAGAAUAAAUGAGUUUGGAUCAGAACACCACCUGUUGUUUUGUGCUGACAGAAUAAAUGAGUUUGGAUCAGAACACCACCUGUUGUUUUGUGCUGACAGAAUAAAUGAGUUUGGAUCAGAACACCACCUGUUGUUUUGUGCUGACAGAAUAAAUGAGUUUGGAUCAGAACACCACCUGUUUUGUCCUGACAGAAUAAAUGAGUUUGGAUCAG